AUGGUCGAGGUUUUGCGGCCCGGUACAUCACGAGAUUCGAACUUGAUGGUGCUGCUUCGUCACCUCUCCCUGUUCACAGCCCGGCACUCCUUUGUGUUUACUGCUCGUCACGUUCCUGGGAAAUCAAAUGCCAUAGCUGACGCCAUUUCUCGUUUUGAAUUUCAGCGGUUCCAUCAGCUAGCUCCUUAUGCGUCUCCUACAGCAACGUCGGUACCUCCUUGGGUCUUGGACCAGCUGCCUGUAGUUUAGACCAAAAGUGCCAAUUUUAUCUCUCCAACGGUCUGGCGCCUUCAACCCGACAGGUGUAUUUCUGUACAUUAGAUGGCUAUGUCAGUUCAAAUGGUUCGUUACUGCCCACUAGUGAACAAACGUUGCUGUGUUUUUGUUGCCACCUAGCGGAUCGUUUACAUCACUCUUCAAUAAAGGUUUAUCUCUCGUCGAUACGGUCCUUGCACAUCGAUCAGGGUUUCCCCGAUCCCUUGGUGAACUGCCUCCAAUUUCAGCGUCUUCUCCGGGGCAUUAGGCGCCAUCUAGGCUCAUCCCUUCCACAACGCCAGCCAGUGGCAGCCGACCUUAUGCGAAUUAUCCAGCGUUCCUUGGAUGCCCACAACUCAGAGCACAUCAUGCUGUGGGCUGCAUGUUGCCUAGGUUUCUUUGGAUUCCUAUGGGCAGGGGAGUUUACGGUCAACUGCGCCUUUGACCCAUCCAUCCAUUUGACUGAGGUUAAUCCUUCCAGCCUGCGGGUGCACAUCAAAAGUUCUAAAACCGACCCAUUUCGCCAGGGAUGUUUUAUAUACCUGGGGCGUGGUCUGGCCCCUCUUUGUCCAAUUUCGGCCAUCCUAGCAUAUUUACAUUGGUGA